CCUUUGACAAUUCCGCUGGAAAAGGGGGAAAUCGAGGAGCGGAUGCGGCCGUUAGGGUUGCGGGGAUUAGAUCCGGCUUUGGAGUGUUCGAGUGUGUGUGUUUUUGGUCUGGUGUUUGGUGGGGGGCUAUUUGAGUUGGAUCUGGAGCUGGGUUUGUUCUUUGCGAGGAAUGUGGGUGGAUUUUAGGGUUUGGAUUCGAGCUUGGUGGUUCUUUAGGUUAGUUACUGAGUGCCUGAUACUUGUUGGAGAUCUCUGGAUAGCUGCUGAAACAUUGAAGUCCUUCAAAAUGUGGGGGCUGCUUUCAGAGUAUCCAGUGAGACUGCUCAAGGUUCUUCUUUACUGAGAGUUUAAUGAUUGUGAGGUAUUGAGAAAAGAAUAUGGAAGGAACGAUAAAUGUAAAUGAGGUGCUGGACUAUGCAGUCUUCCAAAUUUCAUCAUCCCAAAACAGGUAUGAGACGUUUGUCUGCUGCCAAGGCAAAACUGAGAAGCUAAAUGGUGGAAUUCUGGAUCAGCUAGCAUUACAUCUACCAAAAGCUAAAGAAAUUCAAGAACAGCAAACAACCGAUAGCUUCAGAUUGCAUGUUCUUGAAGGCCAUGGAGAUUCAGCUUGGUUCACCAAAUCAACUAUCGCAAGAUUCUUGAAUAUUGUGAGUGCUCCAGAGGCAUUGAAGAAUGCCAAUGCAAUUGAGAAUGAGAUGUCUCAGUUGGAAGACACCCGAAACUUUCAACUUGCUUUAUAUGCUAAGGAUCAUCCCGAACAAUUUGGAGGUGGGGGAGCAGAUGUCAGCUCCAUGAAAAUGAUGGGAGUAACUCACAAACUAAAAAAUGAGAGAUCCUCAUCAGAUGCAACAAAGAAUGAACUGUUGCGUGCUAUGGACCUAAGAAUCACAGCUCUAAAAGAGGAGUUAUCUUCAACUUUUCACAAAGCUAUGGGUGCCACUUGCUCUCCCAAGCAAAUUUCAGAUGUAAUGACAUUUGCUCAAUACUUUGGAGCUAUUGAUCUGAGGGAUUCCUUGGUGAAAUAUUUAGACCUGUGCUUUUUAGAUGAAAAUACUGAUCUUUCUAUUGAGCAGUCACCACUUGAUGACAUAAGUAACAACAGUGAGAAUAUAAUAGAUGGCACCUCACUGCAAAGUUCCCAAAUUAAUCCUCCACGACCAGCCACUAAUGGUAUCUCGCCAGCGAAAAUUGCACAAGCAGAGCGUCAGAGCUUAACAGAAAGUGAGGAAUCCUCUGACUCAGGCAAUGACGAAGAGCCCUAUGUUGAAAGAAGCCGUCCUAUGGUAAGAUCUGCCACUCCUCGAAGAUCAGCUUCCCCAAUGCGACGUGUUCAAAUAGGAAGAUCUGGAUCUCGGAGGUCCACCGCACUAACCAUUAAGAGUCUCGGUUAUUUCCCACCCAGGGACAGAAUUCCAUUUAACAGAGAUGCUGAUGGAAGCAAGAGCGGAGAUGAAGAAUCCGAAGAGCAACCUAAGAGAACUGAUAAUGCGGUGAGAAGGAUGAGUGUUCAAGAUGCUAUCAGUCUCUUCGAGAGCAAACAGAAAGAUCAAACUUCAGAUGCCCCAAAACGGAAAACAACGGUGGAGGCAUCUGUCAGCACUAACAAGUCUGUAUUAAGAAGAUGGAGUGCUGGUAUGGGGGAUUCUUUCAGCCCUUGCACACAGGAAAAUGCGUCCAACACUGGCACUCACAUCACUUCCGAUCCAGUUGUUGGAGUAGAGGAGAAGAAAUCAACAGAAGAUAAGACUGCACCUGAUCUCCCAGAAGAUGUUUCAAAUCAGAACCAAUUUGCCGAGUCACCUUCAUCAUCAGAAGCUAAGAAGAUUGAUUCUCCUCCAAUCAUUGAGCCAGCAGAGGUGGUAAUACCCCAAUCAGAAGAAACUAAUGAUCGGACAACAUCUUCUGCUGAAUGGAAUCGGCAGAAAGAAGCUGAGCUGAAUGAGAUGCUAAUGAAAAUGAUGGAGAAUAAGCCUGGCAAGUACCGUGCCGCCAGUGCUGGUCAUCAGGAUGUUGCUAAUGAGCAAAGAGGGGGUUUCUACAGUCAGUACAAGGAGAAAAGAGAUGAGAAACUUCGAGCAGAGAAUGCAGGUAAGCAGGCAGCAAAGGUAGCCCAAUUUAAAGUGAUGCAGGAAACACUAGAGCAGAGCAAGGUGCAGAUGACCUCAAAAAGUACUACCAAGGGAAAGCAAGAUUCAGUUAAUCAUUCUCAAAGGCCUCGGAGAAAUUCCUCGCCACCCGUGCUAACCAAAAAGGAUGCAUCUGUACUAACCAAGAAGGAGGCAUCAAAACCAGCUGGUACCAGAAAGGCGUCACCCAAGUCAUCGCCUUUGUCUUCUGUCCGUAACUCAUCUACAGGAUCAUUGCCAAGAACAGUGGGAACACCACCAGCUAGACCUUCUCCUGGCACCUCAACUGCUACACCUCCAACCCGCAGAAAGCCCCAACCAUCACCUUCACCCACCCGACCAAGCCCCAGAACUGAGAGGCAACCACAACCAAAGGAAAAGAAGGGAAGAACUGUGUCUGAUUCCAAGCCAAGCUUGAAAGUGAAAGAAGAUACACGGCAGAAAACUCCUACAAGGAAUAGGCAAAGUACAAAACCUAAAAAUCCUUCGGCUUCUGGAGAUGACCCUGUUGAAACAUUAACCAAACCUAGUUUCUACAGCAAGGUUACUAAGAAGAGCACUGUGGUGCCGUUGGAAUCAAAGCCUUUCUUAAAAAAAGGAACUGGAAUUGGGCCCGGUGUUGGUCCAGUGAUAGCCAAAACAAAAGCUUCUCAAUCCGAUGAAUCUUUAAAGGACAGUGGAAGUCUUACCCAAACUGAAGAAAAGGAGUCUACUUCUCUGGUAGCUGAGUUAACUGCUGAAGCAGUGGAGAGUUGUGAACAAGUCCAACCAGAACCAACAAAUAGUGUUGAGGUGAAUUUAGAAAUACCUGAAGAAAGUGAAUUGAACCAUGAGAAGGCAGAUGAUUCUAGCCAGGCACCUGUGGCUGAAAAUAGCUUCAUGCACUCAGUUGAACCUGUUUCAGAGAUACAAUCUGAUGUUGAUAUGGGCAUCUCAUCAGCUGCAUGGGUGGAAGUUGAACACCAGGACAUAUCUUCUUCAUUGGACAAUUGUCUUCCUGAAGCAGCAAUAUCCCCAGAACUUGUACCGAUACCAUCAUCAAGUCCACGAGUUCGCCAUUCACUAUCACAAAUGCUCCAGGCUGACACUAGUGAACCUGAGAUUGUUGAGUGGGGAAAUGCUGAAAAUCCUCCUGCAUUGGUCUAUCAAAAAGAUGCUCCCAAGGGGUUGAAGAGGCUCUUAAAGUUUGCCAGAAAAAGCAAGGGAGAGGCAAAUGUGACUGGGUGGGCCAGCCCAUCAGUAUUUUCUGAAGGAGAAGAUGAUUCGGAAGAGUCUAAAGCUGCAAGUAAGCGGAACCCUGAUGCCUUACUAAGAAAAGCUGCCCUACAAACAAAGGGCUAUGGACAGCAGAAGGCUUUGCUCAGUGAAAGCUUUGAUGGCGGGAACUCAAGCAAAAGAGCUACAGAUUACCGGGGAAUGCACAGCAUAUUAUCAGGCCAAGCAAGCAUGAGUGGUGCUGAGAAGCUGCGAGAAGGGCAUUCUUCAGCAACAUCAACCUCCACAAAAGCAACGCGAUCAUUCUUCUCACUCUCAACCUUUAGGAGUGGAAAAUCAAGUGAGACAAAACUUAGAUAGUGCUCACUGCUGCUCCAGGGCAUGGAGGUAGGUCCACUGCCAAAAAUUACCUCUUCGUUCCUGAUCAGCAAGGUCUGGGUCUGGUUCAAGUAAUUUGAUUCCAGCAACCCAUCUUCAUUCCCGUCGGAUCAGGAACGGUUGGACCUGCCACCUUGUUAUAUGUCUCGCCUUUUUACCCCCCUUGUUAUGUAAAUGUUUGUGAUUGCUACAGAGACUGUGUUCAGAGCAUUAAUCGAUUUUGCGCAAGGACAAGAUUAACAUCUGUUGUAGAUUGUAUGAAUUUGGUGUUACUCGUUACUAUUCUUUAAGAUGAUUGUUGUGCUGUGUGAUGAUUCUAUUGACUUUGAAGCAAUGGCGAGAUCAAAUUAAAGAUCUCAAAAUGGCACAAUGUUUAUUUUAUUAUUAA